GGCAUUCUGAUGCGUACGACCACAGAGAAAGUUAGUGGUGAUUGUGAAGUGUUACUUUUUCAAAUUGCCAUAGAACUAAUAAUUUGAGUGUAAUACGUACGUCAUUUCCCUUGUAGUGGCUUAGGUUCUUCAUUAUUUUUCAUCUUUUUUCAAGUGUCAGAAAUAAAACGCGUCUCGUUAUUAAGUCUUGUUCUGUCAUUGUAAUAUGUCCGCCAAAUUUGUCAGUUUUGCUAUAUCAUCUUUAAUAAGUAUUUAACCGAAAAUAGCAAAAAGUGGACAAAGACUAAACUGAAUAUAGUGUUAUUUACUUUAUUUAAGACUGUUAUAUUCAUUUCAAAGGAGCAAAAUGAAAGUGACACUAAAGAAUCUUCAACAGCAAAGCUUUAUUGUGGAUAUAGAGGCGACUAAUACGGUUAAACAACUAAAACAAAAAAUUGAAUCCGAAAAGGGAAAAGACUAUCCUUCUGAAAACCAGAGACUGAUUUAUGCAGGCAAAAUACUUACUGAUGAAACUGUUCUAUCAGAAUAUAAUAUUGACGAAAAAAAGUUUGUUGUGAUAAUGGUAACAAAGCCAAAACAACCUGAGAAAACUGAAAGUGGAGAUGGAAAUUCUAGUACUACAAGUACACCUGCAACUCCAGUCUCCCAACCUACUCAGCCUGCUUCUACUGAAGUUACAAUUCCAGUAUCUCAACAAACUCCUAGCGUACCAUCUUCUGUAAGUAGUGUUGCCGAAUCUACAUUACUGAUGGGUGAUGAAUAUGAAACAAUGGUACAAAAUAUAAUUGAUAUGGGUUAUAUAAGAGACCAAGUUGAACAAGCAUUACGUGCUAGUUUUAAUAAUCCUGAGAGAGCAGUAGAAUACCUCAUAAAUGGUAUACCACCAAUGGAUGAAUCUGUAAAUGAGACUACUGAUCUUUCAGGAGUAGAUGAAAGACAGUCUGAUACAGAUGAUCCACUAGCAUUUUUGAGAACUCAACCACAGUUUCAACAGAUGAGACAAGUUAUUCAACAAAAUCCACAACUUCUUAAUGCAGUAUUGCAACAAAUCGGACAAACUAAUCCUGCGUUGUUACAAUUGAUAUCUCAAAAUCAAGAAUCUUUCGUCAGGAUGCUCAACGAACCAACCCCUGGAGCUCUAACAACUGAGACUGGAAAUAUUACAGCUGGAUCUUUAGGAACCCAGGCAGCAGCAGGAGGUCCUCCACAGGGUGUGAUACAAAUAACCCCACAAGACAAAGAUGCCAUUGAAAGGUUAAAAGCAUUGGGCUUCCCAGAACAUUUGGUAGUACAGGCCUAUUUUGCUUGUGAAAAAAAUGAAAAUUUGGCCGCUAACUUCUUAUUAUCUCAAAAUUUCGACGAAUAAUUUUGCUUACAGAGUUACUGUUUUUUUUUUGUUUUGUUUUUAUAUUGCUCUCAGGCACACUAAAACCCAUCUGUUGACUUUUGAAAGUUUCCAUACACUUUAUUUAUAUUUAAGUGGUUUAUCCCUAAGAUAACAAAAUUGAUUGAUCCACUUUAACAAUUUAGUAGACAAUCAUAAUAUAGUGAGGGAUUUAAAAAGUAUGAUCGAGAAAGAUACUAGUCAUUGUUAAGUUUUAUAGUUCCAUCAAGAUUGAGGUCUGCUUGUACAAGUUCCUUUAACAAACAUGAAUUAAACUCAAGAAAUUAUCAAUUUGAUACUUUCUAUCUGCUUCUAUAACAAUUAUAUUCGUCAGUUCACCAAAUUUACUUGCCCUAAUUGGUAUUUCAGAUGUCUUAGCUUCUAUAUUGUAUUGUUUAUGUCUAUGCACAAGCCAGACAAUUUCAUAGAGGAGACUAGAUGUAAUAACUUUUUAAAGAGAAAAUACCACAGAUAUAUUGAAGUAGAUUUUGGGAUAGUCAUUAGUUCUAUAUUUUUGUUUUAUAAUCUAAAAUUUAGAGUACAACCUUUUAUUUUUAGUCUGUGAAAUUUAAUCAGAUGAAAAUCUCUUGACAUGGUCAAAAUAAAAUUAAAAAUAACACAAAUGGAGUUAGAAGUUGUACUAGCCCCUGUUUUCUCUAUCACUUUAUUUCCUUAUUCGAUAUCUAAAGAAGUAAAAAUGUUAACGUAGGACUUUUUUCACUUCUUCAUAUUGACUUCUAGUUAGCCGUACAAAUAAUCAAUAACAUUAUUAUGGGCAAUCACUUAUCUCAUAAUGUGUAUGGCUUCAGCUUUCUGGUGGGUAUUUAGCGGUAUGUUUCUUAUUUGUAAUAUCACAUUUUCAUUUUUUGUUUCAGUUGGAUUGUGUAUCUUGCUGUACAUAGCCUGAAAAAUAAAUUGAUAAAAACUGCUUGAAAUUUUUUCUAAAAUUUAAUUUGUAAUAUAACUAGUAAUUUUCCAAGGAAAAUACUUUUCUGGUUAUUUAUUGUAAUGAAUAAUUUCUUCAAGUCACAAUGUUAAACUUACAAUGUCUAGAAAAUAUAUUUAACAGUGCAAUGUU